UCUUUUCUCCUCCACCUCCAAACUCCCCAUUAAGAGCCUUUUUCCUCAAAAAUUGCCUGCCAAUUCAAUAACAGAGAAUAUAUAGAGAUGUCUGAAACACAGGAGAUCCCCAUUUUUCUUCAGAAACCAAGACGCGUAGUGAGGAAGUUCAUGGCGAGGCCGCAGCAUGAGGGUAAUGGCGCCAUCGUCAAAAGAAGCAUUGGGAGAUAUGAACUGAAAUAUUUCGACCCAUUUCUUGUUCUGGAUGAGUUUUCAGUUGCGACUCCUGCUGGAUUUCCUGAUCAUCCACAUAGAGGUUUUGAAACAGUAACUUAUAUGCUUGAGGGAGCUAUAAAACAUGAAGACUUUGAAGGUCAUGUGGGGAUACUAAGAACUGGUGAUCUUCAGUGGAUGACUGCCGGCCGAGGGAUUGUUCACUCAGAAAUGCCAUUAGGAUCGGGGAUUUCAAAGGGAUUGCAGCUUUGGAUUAAUCUAUCAUCAAAUAACAAAAUGAUUGAGCCUAAAUACCAAGAAAUGAAGAGAGAGGAGAUCAUGACAGCCUCAACGACUGACAUCAACGUUCGCGUCAUUGCCGGCGAGGCAAUGGGAGUUCUAUCGCCGGUGUAUACCCGAACUCCGACGAUGUACUUGGACUUUACUCUUAUGCCCUCAGCACAUCUUCGUCAACCUAUUAACCCUACGUGGAAUUCCUUUGCUUAUAUCCUCCAAGGUGAGGGCAUCUUUGGCACUGAGAAAUCUGAUCCAAUAGGUCCUCAUAACCUUCUUCUGUUGGGCCAUGGUGAUGGGAUUGACGUGUGGAACAAGGCCAUAAGACCUCUACGAUUUGUGCUUGUAGGAGGUGAGCCUUUGGGAGAGCCAGUGGCUCAAUUUGGUCCAUUUGUGAUGAACAAUGAUGAAGAGAUUGAUCAAACCAUUAAUGAUUUUAAUCUUUGCAUCAAUGGAUUUGAGAAGGCUAAACAUUGGAAAUCAACUGAGCUGAUGGGUUCUUAAAUAUAUUGUGUAUUAGUAGCAUGUUUGAGAGCUUUUCUUUUUCAUUGAAUAAUAUGAUUAAAUUGUUCAAAUGUUUUCAUGUUUUUUACAAUGAUUAAAAUAUAAUGUUUAUGAAAAUUUCAUUUUAAUAUUUUUGAGUUUAAUUGUAGUCAUAUGUGAGAAUCUUAGAAUUGGUGAUGACAUGUUUUUUUUAAGAUAAAACUCAUAU